AUGUCUGAACCCGUUCCCAAGGCCGCUCUGUACUAUUUCCCGACCUCCGUCUGGGAAGAGAAAGGCUAUGGUGCAGACGAGCUCGACUUGAAGCUCGUUGACAUCUCAAAGGGCGAGAACUAUGCCCCUUCGUACUUGCGACUCAACCCGCAGGCUACGGUACCAACUCUGGUUGUCCCGCUGCAGAAGACACUCGCCGCGGACAUGGAGAGCCGCUACAAGGCCAUCCAAGACUCAAAGUCCAUCGUCGAGUUCCUCGACAAGUCACGUUCCACGCAGUCCCGCACAAACACCACCUCCGACGCGCCCGCGCCCUCGCUCAGCCCCGCGACGAUCGCCUUCUCCGCCGUCUUCACGAAGCUCAUCGACCUGCUGCACUCGCCCGCGGCGGACCCGAACGCGCUCACGUACAUGAACGCGCGCACGCCCGCCGAGCUGCGCGCGCUCGCCGCGUACGAGCGCCCCAAGUUCGCCGCGCGCCGCGCCGCGCUCGCGCAGCUCCUCGCGGACAACGAGGCCGCGAAGAUCCGCGUGUCCGAGAAGACGCGCGCGUUCUGGGAGGUCAAGAAGGUCGCGACGGAGAAGUUCCUCGACGUGUACGACGAGGCGGACACGCCUGCGGAGAAGCUCGACGACAAGGCGCGCGAGCGCAGGACGCUGUUCUUGAGCGACGCGAGCGAGGCGUGGGCGCGCGUGCGCGACGUGCUCACCCAGCUCAACCAGGAGAUCAUUGGCCCGUACACUCUCGGCGACCAGCUCUCCCUCGCGGACCUGCACCUCGCCGCAUGGCUCGCGCGGCUCAUCACCCUCGCAGGCGGGACGCUCGCCGACGACGGCACGGUAGCGAUCGGGAAGCUCGAGGCGCACGUCGGCGGGCCUGGCGGCGGGUUCGCGCUCGUGAAGGACUUCUCCGUCGCGGAGGCGCGGCGGCGCGCGGGCCUGACCGUGCAGGACCCCGAGUCGCGCGAACGCCAGAACAGGCUGGCGGCGUUCUGGGAUGCGGUGAGGGAGAGGCAGAGCUUCAAGAAUGUGUACAAGGAUGGGCUGCAUUGACGGUGGUGUGUUUGGGUAAUUGGAUGUACGGAAGGUAAUGAGGACUCGGAACAUAUACGACUGUAUACAACUGGUACCAAUCCUAGCGUCAUUUUACGGUGAUUCUCGGAGUUUGUGGGUGAAUCGACCGCUCAGGUACAGUGUGGAGGGUUUGGUCAGAAAGUACCACGCUACAACACACGCAGGUUAAUGGUACGAGGACAGUCGAUAAAAUAAAGCAAUUAUGUCCGCCAGGUGACUUCAGAGUUGACUGAGCGUUUUUGAGGAGUUCACCCGAGGAUUAGAAGGCGGUGUGGUCGAGGACGCAUUUCGCACAAUCGUCAGCUAGAGGGGUGGUGGAUGUAUAGGCUAUGUUUGGCGAGAAGUCUGCGCCAGAG